GCCCCCACUCACGGUGUAGCGAGCGAUCGGUUCGUUGCGGGAUCCCUCCUGCCGUCAGGGGGGGCGGGGUGAGGCGGGACCGGUGGCCGCCAGUGUCAGAUCCCGGCCCGGGACGCGGCUCCGAGAUGCGCGGUUCGGAGCGAGCAUCGCUGCUGCAGGUCGGGCUGCUCCUCCACAGCCUGCGGGCGGUCCUUUCAGCUCAUACAGGUUUCUCUAUGUCUGUAUAUGAUGUGACCUCAAGCAGCAUUUAUCUCAGAUGGUCCAAGUUUUCAGGAGCCUCUUCUUACAGAGUCACGGCUACAGCUGUGAAUACUGUAGGCCAUUCUUUCCUGGCUCAUUAUAGUGACGUUACACUUAAGAGCACUUUAACUUCGUUAAUUCCCAAUACUGUCUAUGCUAUACAAGCAGAAGCCAUUGACAAGAAUGGAAUUAUUCUGGCACAAACACAGACUAUGCAAUCAACAGCUCCAGACGUUCCUGUUAUUGAUCAAGCUUACUCAAAACUUAGCAAUAGUAUCACAGUGGAAUGGAGAGCGGUACCCGGAGCUACUAGUUAUCUACUGUCUGCACAGGACGGAGAUUCCUGCAUUGAAACCGUUGUCACAAAAUCACCAGGAACAGUGAUGGGGUUGGAACCAGCCACCUGCUACAGAAUCACCAUCAGAUCUGUAAAUGCAGGAGGAAAGAGCCGGCCUUCACCUUCCAGAAAAACAACUACAGUCUUGUCUGCUCCAAUUCUGUCCGUCAGUUCCCCGAGCUGCGAUUCCAUUGCAGUGAGCUGGAAAGCUGUGUAUAUGGCUGUGGGAUUCUCUGUGUCCCUGAUGAGGUCAGAUGGUUUGGGCAGGAUGCUGAAGCACAACACCACCAAUACCUCCUUCAUAUUCUCAAAUCUAGAUCCAGGAACUCUCUAUACUAUAAAAGCAUAUGCCUGGAAUGCCAAUGGUCUUCCCGGAGAUGAUUUCACAUAUAAUCAAAGAACAAGUCCUAAGGCACCAGCAGAUGUUCAAGUAGCUUUCAGCAGCGGAGCUUUAAGAGCUGUUGUUUCUUGGAUGCCAGCAGAAGGAGCUCUGACUUACAGCGUGACAGCCUCCAGAGGACUCUUGAAGCUGAAGUGUAACACGUCUUCCUCCUCCUGCAUAGUGCCAUCACUCCAGUGCGGCUCUGAAUAUUCUGUUUUUGUCACAGCACAUAACGAUGCUGGAUCCAGUCAUCCUACUGAUGCAGUGAGCUUAAAAACUAUUCCUUGUGCACCAGGAAAUAUAUCAAUUGAAGAGGAUGAACGUGGAAACCUGUCGGUAUCAUGGUCUAGAGUAAAUUUGGGUCAUUAUUAUGUGGUUUUUGUGAAGAGCGACGAUGGCUUGGAAGUGUACUGCAACACAUCACACACACGGUGCCGUUUCCAGUCAGACUGCGGAUUUACUUAUUUCAUUAGUGUCUUUGCAUAUAACAAGGCAGGGCAGAGUCCUUUAGGUGAUGUAUUCAAUUACACCACUGCUCCGUGCUGCCCCAGUAACUUCCGCGCAGUGCUGGUGUCCGGCGACACGGUGGAGGUGAGCUGGGCUCCCGUCCGCGGUGCUGAAAUGUACGAGACCAAGGCUGCCUCCUGGAGAGGGACGGUGCUGUGCAACGACACAGCCACGGCCUGCACCCUGUCUGCUCUGCGCUGCGACACCCGCUAUAACGUCACCGUUUAUUCCUUCAGCGAGGCCAGGGGCAGCAACACAUCGUGUGCAUCUAAGUAUGUGGCAACAGCUCCCUGCAGUCCUGAAAUUAAAAGCAUUUCCAAGGAGGCUCAUUCUGUGGUCAGUGUGCAUUGGCAAUCUAACAACGAGGAAGCUACGUAUAUUGUAACUGCUCGCGGACUGGCUGGACUUUGGCAUUGUACAAGCUCUAGAAACACAUGUACCCUACUUAAUCUUCCCUGUGGAUCUGCUUUCUCUGUCAGUGUUAUAGCACAAUCACCAGCUGGACAGAGCUUACCAAGCUACAGUGUCCCUUUAGAGACCGCUCCUUGUUGCCCUACUGACAUGACCGUAACUCAGGUGACACAGUCUGUAACAAAUAUCAGCUGGUCUGUUGGAGUUGGUGCACAGACAUAUGCAACAACAUUGGAGUCUCCAAAGGGACAGGCAAAAUGUCACACUCUUCAAAACUACUGUCUCCUGGGAUGCAUCAUAUGUGGCACCAACUACACGGUAUCUCUGAAAGCCAUCAGUGAAACUGGUUUGACAUCCCAUUGCACAUAUCAAGGAUAUUCUUCCAGUGCCUGCUGUCCUUCUGGAGUGCAGCUAUAUAGACUUGGCAGUAAUGGUAUCCGGGUGUACUGGCGAGCUUCUGAAGAAACAAUAAGCUACAUUACUGAUUUACGUGGCUCAAAAGGCAAUUUCACCUGUACAUCUAACUCAGGUGUAAGUUACUGUGAUAUUACUGAGAUACCUUGUGGUGAUGUCUACACAGUGGUAGUGUCUCCGGCUACGGAUAAGAGGCUGAAACUCACAUUUUGUCCUAAAAAAAUAUAUUCAGUAACCUGUUCUGGAAGCUCUGUUGGAAUGGUGAUUUACAGAGGAAAGAGCAGCACAGAACAUGCCUAGACUGAUAUCCUGGAUCAGAUAGGGAG